AUGGAGCGACGAAGCGAUGAGUCACAGACGUACGGGGCGCACAAAUGGGUUCUGAACAAGCUGAAAUUUGCUUAUAAAGAAGAGUACAAUGUGGACUACUUGCUAGAGAGAAACGCAGAUGAACGGAAGGAAGUAGUCGACAAUUUUCUGGGCAAGGAGAAAAAUGAUUUGCUGCUCUUCGGAGUGGAAAAAAACCAAAUGAUGGUAGCAAAAGAGGAAAAUAUAAAAUUUGAUAAAAAAAUUGUUUAUUUCUAUAAGUGCCUAAAUGGCGACCUGAAGGACGACAGGAGCAUACUCUAUGGAAUUUUGUCUCCAAAUAUUUUAGACACCCUAAAGGUGAUGCUGAACAAGGUUAUUUACCCCCUCUUUUUAAAUAACAAAAUGAUACACGCAAAUAUUUGCACAGACGAAGUGAAAAAGUUUCGAAUGGAAUUUGACACGUAUGUAAAGGAGCUGGAUGAAUUUAUUCUUAUUUUAGAACAUAUAAAAAAGGUGAAAUUGAAGAUGAUGCAGGACCAGCAUGAAAUGGUUUGCGUGGAGCCAAACGAUGGGUUGGAAGCAAGCGAAUCGGAAAAUAAAAUGCUGAAGAAAAAAAAUGAAACCGCACACUUGACCAAAUAUUUAAACAUUUUAGAAAACUUGUUCAAUGAUAUGCAAGAAAAAAUUCAAGAGUACAAAAAAUCAAAUGUAGACGUGGGACCAUUUAUCGAGAUUCAGUACUGGAGGUACAAACAUAGAUAUCUACUUUUUAUUAUGGAAGAACUGAGAAGCAAAGAAAUUAAAAAUAUAAUAAAUAACAUAAACAUAAAUAGUGCAAAUAAUGAAGAGCAAAAAUAUACGUACACAUUUGACAUACUUAACAAGUGGAGGGAAUUAGAGACGAAGAUUGAAAAUGAGUUCAAUGAGAGUAAGGACAACAUUAAAUACUUGGAAAGCAUCGAGCAGUUUAUCCUUUCCCUUUAUCUAUGCAACGUAGAGAAUAUUAUUGAUAAUCUUCCUUCUCUUUUGAAUUCUAUUAAGAUGAUUUACCUUGUUGCUCGAUUUUACAAUACACCCAACAAGCUGAACAACCUGUUCAUUAAGAUCACCAACCAGCUUGUGAUUAAAUGCAAGGAGGAAAUAUUUUGCGCUAAAAAGAAGAAGCGGAAGAGGCGAGGCACAAAUAAUACACGAGGUAGGAAGGGUGGUAGAGCAGUUGGAAGCGAAUAUGGCGAUGCCAAGUCAGAUAAAAAUUUGGAAAACGGGGGUCGUGAUGAGGGUGAUAAUUACGGCCAUGAAGACGAUCAGAAUGGGGGGCACACUGAUGAACACAAUAGAAUGCAGGGUUCAGGGGGGAAAAAAGGGGGAAAUUCAAAUUUUACAAAGGACCCAGAAGAUGGGAAUGACCAAGAGGAAGACUACGAUGGGACAGAUCCAAAUGAAGAAAGCGAACGGGGGUACCUGGAUGAUGAAAAUGGAGUUUGCGCAUGGGAUGACCAGAGUGACGAAUCUGAAGACGAACAGGAUAAUGAAGACAUGGAAGAAAACGUGGAUAACAAAUUAAAUGAAGCAGAAGAACAGGAUUACUCAAAUGAGAAGGACAGUGAAAGUAGAAAAAUAGAACAACUAAAGAGGAGACAGAAUCUAUGGCUAUUAGAUCCAGAUGAUUUAAUCGACAAAUUUGAGUUAUGCUUUAAAUUACAUGAGAAGUACAAGGAAGAAUUUGAAAGUAUAAAAACUUUUUUCGAAGAGAAUUCUAAAAAUAAAUCAAUUGAUUUGAACACCAAAGUGAUAUUUUGUAAGAUAGAAAUAUUCUGUAGGCGUCUGAAAAAGUUGGUGGAUUUGUUCCUAUGCAUAAAACAGUUUAAGUCUCUCAGAAGGGUAAAAUUUGAGAGCAUACAAAAUAUAACUGCUUCGUUCAAUAAGUACAUAAAGGAUUUCAAAAUGAAGCACACGGAAGAUAUGCUAAAUUACACGGAUAACUACUUCGAUAGGGAUUUUGUAGAAUUGCGCGUAUAUAUAUCUGAACUGGAGAGCGACUUGCAAGACAGCAUCGUCAGCUUGUUGAACAACAGUUCCAAUAUUAUGUUCUCCUUUUUUAUCUUUUUCAAAUUUAAGGAGCAUUUCAUAAGAGGUUAUUUGAUCCAUUUCCUACAUACAAAAUAUGAUAUACUGUUGUCGCAAUUUUUAGAAAUUCUAAAUGGUAUAAAUAACGACUUGGAAAAUUACAAAAGUAGCUUAAACUCUAGUAAGAGCUUAAAUUAUUUGAAAAAUAUUUUUUGGAUCCUCAGCAUUAACUACAAGAUCAAUCAUAUCAUUCAGAUUUUUCUAGAUGAAAAUAAUUCGACACUCGUCGAUAAGGAUAACCUGUCUUCCUAUUUCGAGUUGCCUCAUUUGAAUAACGACUUGUCCGCUAUGAAGGGCAAGACCAAUAUGGAUAAGAGGAGAGAAGCUCGUCCGGUCGAGGGUGAUGCGGCCAAUGGGGCUCUACGUAUAGCGGAUAACGAAAAUGGGGGCAGCACCAGUGCAGACAUUUUUUACAGCAUAAACGAGCAAGUUACGAAGUUGUUGGAAGAUCAUGAAAGGAAGAAGGACGGAUUAGUAUCGAAAGGCACUGGUGUAGGAAAUGCCAAAGGGGAAGGUAAAGACGGUGAGGAAGAAGGAAAAAAGGAGUUUUUAUCGAGCGCAGAAACCAUGGCGAGGACACUCGAAAAAGAGAAAACAAAAAUAAAAAACGUGCUGUUCAAAAAUGCCAACGGCAAGGAGGUACUAAAAUUAUACUUGAAAAUCUCAAAGUUCAUCGAAGAGUACAAAAUUAAGCUAUUUAAACAUUGGCUGAGCUUUAUAAAAAGUGUGAACAGCCUAAACGUUACCGUAUUUGUGAAGCACCCGAAGACGAAAAAUGUGAUAGUAAAUUUUGACAACAGAAUAAAGAGAAUAAUAAGAGAGGCCAAAAUUUUUCUGUCUUUCAAUUUCGAAAUCCCAGAGGAAGUAAAAAAUAUGAUUUCGCAGGAAUCCAAAAUAUACAGCUUUUACUACAAACUUCAUAACAUACUCAUAUUGAUAAAGAAAAUGAAAAAUAACAAAAAAAAAGACAUCGAGUUUACAUUAAAGCGCUUUUUUAUUUACAUUGACCAACUGUUGCUCCCUUUUCUAGUCAAAUACACAUGGAGUAAUUAUGCACUAGAAGAUUCUAUAACGAACUUGCACAAAGAGUUAACAGAAUUUGAAGAUGCAAUUAACUCUUUGUACGAUAUUAUUGACGACCAUAUUAACUAUAACACUAAGAUAAUCUAUCGAAUCCUGAAACAUAAGAAUGAAAAACUCGGUAUCAACAAGCACAAGAAAAAAUUCCACAAUAAAAUUAUGCUCUGCAAUUCCAUAUCCAAGAAAAUACAAAUCGCCAUUUUCGACCUCCUCAGCAAUAUACAAUAUGUUUAUGAAAAUAAGCUGAAGACUGAAAUUACAAAGGAAGAAAUUUUGAACACGAGAAAAUUUUACUAUGAUAUAUUUUUGGGUGUGCUGAAGAAAAUUUACCUAAAAAAUAUCAAGAGCCUUAUUAAUACAUGGUCUAAUUUGGAAGAGGAUAGAACAAAACAGAAGAACCAAGUUGCGAAGAUAAAUGAAAUUGAAAUUUUGCUCCUCGUUCACGAAAAUGACAUUGUGAUUAACCCUUCCAUUAGUAGCAUAAAGGAGAAUAUCAAAAAGAUCAUAAACGUUUCAAUUAACAAUUUGAUUUAUAUAGACAACUGGAUAAGUGGGGAUGAUUUAGUAAAGCAGUUUUUCCUUAACGAUCUGGGGGGAACCCAGAAAUGUGGUGGUGCCUCUACGGGGAAGGAGCAGGACAGUGGGGCAAUGGGGAAGUCUUCUGCAAAAAAAGGCCACAAUGAAGAGGGUCCAGGGUGCAAACAGAAGAGCACAUUUGAGGAGCUCCUGGACUAUUCCUACUUUAAUAGGAAGAAUGCAAAGGAGUCCUUCAAACAUGUCGCAGAGGAGCUUAAUAUGGAAAAAGAAAACUGCGUGCGCAACUUGAAACACGAUUUCGAUUUUUAUGAGAAAAUCAGGGAAGACAAGAACAUAGAAAAGGAGCUGGUCAAGCUAAAUGAAAAGCUGGGCGUGUUCCAGGGCAUCGUCGACGAGUUCAUCAGCAAGUUUGACAAGUACAAAUAUAUAAUUCGCGAUUUCGAGUCGGAGAAACUGAAGGACGCUUCGAGGGAGGCAUCAAAGGGGGCCGUAAAGGAUACGCAUAACGAGGACAAGCAUCCCAACAUUGUGCCAGGUGGAGAAAACUUUACCAACUUGCAGAUAGCGGGAGAGGACAAAGAGAGCAAUGCGCUGUAUUUCAGCGCAAAAAAUGGGGAAAACGAAGUAGAUCCUACAAAUGCGAACACAAAGGGAGAAGAACACAUCAACAAUGAACAUGACACGAAAGAGGAGAGCCCCACCAGCGGAUCCGACACGGAAAGGGAAGAAGAAGACGAAAUAAAAAUAUACCAAGAAGAAGAAAAGAUAAAAAAAUUCAUAAACAUAAAAAAGGAAAUCAACAAUAUAGACAGCUACUACUCACUUAACAUUUUCAAGUUCAACUUGGAGAGCUUCAAAAUGUACCUGAUAAAUAUAAUUGAAAAUGAAGCUCUACAGUGUGCAAAUAAAGUCAUACAACCGGUUAAGAGAAAAAGCGACAUGCUCAUAAAAAAAAUGAGUGAAUAUAAGACAAAGCUUAAAAAAAACAUUGUAGAUGUAGAUUCCCUGUACUACGUCAUCAAUGUUAUAAAAAAAAUACACGUCUUCGAGUCAACCAUAGAUAUUGCGCUAAAUCCUAUAAACCAAAUGAUAGACGUGCUGGAAUUUUACAUGAACAAUUUUUUGAAGAAACAUGUAGAAUCGAUGAGGAAUUCUGGUCAUUACGAUGAAGAAGAAAAUUAUCCACAGAAAUUUAUUAGCAAUCUUGAUAAGAGGAAAUCCUCGAGCGAGAUGUACGAAAUGGACGAGUCUUAUAAUAGGAACCUCCUACAAACAUUUAACAAACUAAACGUGAUGAAAAAGAAAUUUAUCUCCUUGUACAAAUCUGAGGUGGAGAAAAAAAAUGUAAUUUUGAACAAGUUUAACGAGCUCAUAUGUUUCACAAGAAAUGUAGAAGAAGAAAUACAAGAGAAAAAAAGCAUCAUGAAAAAUGAGUUAAUGAAUAACAUUUAUAACUUUAAGGAAGACAUAAAAAUGUUUCGACAGAAUUUCCUAAAAAUGAAUUUCAAAAGUGAACACAUAAAGCCGCUGAAUGCAUUCGAACUGUUAAAGAGAUACAAGGAAGAAAUCUCCAUGCUAAAAAAAAAGUACAAUAGCUACUAUAAGGGAGAGUCCAUAUUCGGUUUAAAGCACCAAGAGCAUGAUGAUCUUUUUUUGAGCACAACGGAGAUAAAUAAUUUUUACUCACUGUACGAUUUGUACGUGCAACUGAAGGAGAAGCUGAACGAGUGGAAAAACUUAAAGUGGAAUGAGGGAAUUGUAAAAAUGAAGGAGUUGAAAAAUGAUAUUCUGUCUUUCGAGAAGAAGUGCUCUCAGCUCCCCAAGAAUUUAAAGAUGAUCGUUAUUUACAAGAACUUGGUGAAGGAAAUUUUUUACUUUAAAGAGAUCACACCCAUUGUGGAGGAGCUGGAGAAGAAGACCAUUUUGAAACGCCACUGGGUGGAGAUUGUCGGUGUGCUGAAAGAGAAGAAGAAGGAGAGCACGGCGAAGGAGAAGAAGGGGAAGAAGAUCAGCUGCGAUGAUAAGGGGGCAGUGUCUGGGGCGGAAGACGCGGCUGUUACGGCUAUUGUGGAGGGUGUCGAUGGGGAAAGUGUGCAAGCCGCUGAAGGUGCUGACCAAUCCCCCCCGAAGGAGAAAAGCCUUGAAGGUGGCAUGCUCAUCGAAAGCGCCUGCGUCGACGAGGAGGAAUACAUAGACAAUUUAAAUAAGCUGGACUUGGAUAACAUGGACUUUUUCAUCAAAGAUAUAAUAAAUAACAAUUUGCUACAAAAGAAGGAUGAUAUUCUGGACAUAUGCGACAGCGCGGAGAAGGAGGCCAGCAUUGAGGAAAAGAUCAACGAGCAGUAUAAAAUAUGGAACGAAACAUGUUUCCAAUUUAGCAAAUGGAAGAAUAGGGACUAUGCGUGCAUUCUUGUAGGAAGCAAAGUGACAGAAAUACAAGAGAGUUUAGAAGAAAGUCAAAUUUUACUAAACAAUAUAAAUUCGACAAAGUAUAGCAAACCAUUUAAGAGUAAACUGCUAUUGUUAUUGAAUAAAUUAUCUGACUGUAGUGAUAUUGUGGAGCGAUGGAUAAAAGUGCAGAUGCUGUGGUGCUCCAUGGAGAGCGUUUUUACCAGUGGGGACAUAGCAAGACAAAUGCCAAUCGAGUCUAAGAGGUUUCAUCAAAUUGACAAAGACUGGAUUAACAUAAUCAACAUUGCGAACGAAUCCUCCAUCGUUAUAGAAUGUUGCCAAAGCAGUAUGCUAAAGGAAUUGUUGCCGAAUAUGCAGAAGGGUUUGGAGAGCUGUCAGAAGUCUUUAGAAUCGUACUUGGAAGGGAAGAGGAGCAAAUUUCCCCGUUUUUACUUUGUGUCCAAUCUGGUGUUACUAAAAAUACUAUCUCAAGGAUCUGACAUUAACAUAAUUCAAUCCGAGUUAAUAAAACUGUUUGAUGCUAUAAACUACCUUACUAUAAAGACCAUACAGAACAAGAAAAGAAUCAUUUGUAUAAAUAAUAAAGAAAAGGAUGAUAUUGAAACGGUGCAGUUGGUCAACCAUGUAACGAUAGAUGGGAAUAUAGAAAAUUGGUUAAUAUUGCUCGAAAAGGAAAUGCAAAAGGCGGUGAAAAAGGAGUGCAAGCUAGGGGUAGCCAGUUCAGCGCAGCUAUUCAAGACAGUGAAUUUAAAAGAAUUCUGUGACAAAAACAUUGCUCAGGUUGCUCUCAUAUGCUUACAAGUCAUGUGGACAAAUGAUAUAGAAAAAUGUAUCCAUAAGUAUCAUUCGGAGAAAAAUAUAUUAAAAGUAACCAACAAGAAAAUCAAUUAUAUAAUGUCAGAGUUGGUUAACAUAUGUCUUUCCGAUUUGGGAACCAAACUGAACAGAACUAAAUAUGAAACGCUGGUUACUAUACAUGUUCACCAGAGAGAUUUGUUCAACGAAAUUUCAACAAAGAUAAAGGAAUAUAAAAUAAAAACAUGCACCGAUUUUGACUGGCUAAAACAGACGAGGAUUUAUUACAAAGUGGAGAAAAAUGUUAUUUUGAUUAGCAUUUCGGAUGUCGAUUUUGUAUACUCUUAUGAAUAUCUAGGUAUUAAGGAAAGGCUGUGUAUAACUCCGCUAACGGAUAGGUGCUAUUUGACUUGCGCGCAGGCACUAGGACUAUGCUAUGGUGGUGCUCCAGCAGGACCUGCUGGAACCGGGAAAACAGAAACGGUCAAGGAUUUGGGAAGAACGUUAGGGAUCUACGUCAUUGUGACAAACUGCUCUAAUCAGCAUAAGUAUAAAGAUAUGGCAAAAAUAUUUAAAGGGUUGUGUAGAAGUGGUUUAUGGGGAUGCUUCGACGAAUUUAACAGAAUUAAUUUGGACGUUUUGUCUGUGGUGGCUAUGCAGAUCGAGUCCAUCGUAACGGCGAAGAAGCAGUCCUUAAAAUCUUUUCUCUUUCCAGGUGACUCCAAAGCGAUUAAUUUGAAUCCAUCCUCCGCUUAUUUUAUCACUAUGAAUCCAGGGUAUGCUGGAAGACAAUUGUUGCCAGAGAAUUUAAAAAUAUUUUUUCGGUUCAUUUCGAUGAUGGUACCAGAUAGGCAAAUUAUUAUAAAGGUAAAGUUAGCAUCUGUGGGGUAUUUAGAUAUAGACAAUUUGAGCAACAAAUUUAAGUCUCUGUACGGUUUGUGUGAAGAGCAGCUGUCGAAGCAGAAGCACUACGAUUUUGGGUUGAGGAAUAUAUUAUCUGUCCUGCGUACCGCUGGAGAUACGAAAAGAGCUGCAGGGGCGAAUGAAAACGAUGAAGAAAUGCUUUUAAUGAGAACCUUAAGGGAUAUGAAUUUGUCCAAGUUAAUUUACGACGACGUGUUGUUAUUUUUGUCUCUACUGAAUGAUGUUUUUCCAAAAUUUCACAACAUCACAAAGAAGAGUUACCAAUUGAUUGAAGAAAAUGUGCACCAAAUUAUUAAUAAAAAAAAGCUGUGCGCAAAGAGUAAGUGGAUUUUGAAAAUAUUACAGCUCUACGAAACUUCGCUAGUUCGUCAUGGGUUCAUGUUAGUAGGAAAUACCCUCACAGGAAAGACAGAAAUAUUAAACAUAUUGACUUCUGCACUAAGUAAUAUAGGAAAUGUGACAAAAAUUAUUACACUAAACCCUAAGGCUAUAACGUCUGAGCAUAUGUACGGGGUGAAGGAUAAUUUGAGUGAAGAAUGGACUCCAGGUAUUUUCGCAAAUAUAUGGGAAAAAUAUAACAACAAUAAUUUGAAGUACAAUACUUGGAUUGUGUGUGAUGGACCCGUGGACGCUAUUUGGAUCGAAAACUUAAACACAGUUUUGGAUGACAAUAAGAUAUUAACUUUAGCUAAUAAUGAUAGAAUUCCUAUGACUGACAAUACUAAGAUAGCCUUCGAGGUGGAAAAUUUGAAUAAUGCUUCUCCCGCCACUGUUAGUAGGGCUGGUAUUGUCUACAUAUCGGACAGCGAUUUGGGUUAUAAGCCAUUCAUUUAUAGCUGGUUGCAAAAAUUGAAGGAUGUGCAUACCUAUGGAGCUACUUUAUUCCCCAUUUUUAACAAACUGUUUAUUUUUUAUUUGGACAAAAUUCAAGUUUUAAAUUUCGUCAAGGAGAACUGCAAAUUUGUGAUGGAAGUCACCGACUCGAUUUUAAUUUCUCAGACCAUCAAUUUGUUGAAUACGCAGCUGAUUCAAUAUGUGAAUGCCAUUAAUAACUUUAUGUACAAUGAGGAAGAUUUGAACAAGAUAUUUUUUUGCGACUCCAAUGAGAAGAAAUUGCUACACCAUAGUGAUAAGUUUGAGAAGAAGCACCAUGUGGAGGGAUCCGAUGGGGCGACUGCUCUCCAUGAGAAGACUGACAGUAAUGUUGUGUUGUCCUCUUCCGCUAUGAAAGGAAAAAAAGGCAAGGAAGCGGAGAUGCUGAAAGGAAAGGAAAUGGUAUCUAUGACUAGCGAUAAGAGUAAAAUUGGUACAAAAAUUGGCGACGCAAGGGGAGGAAGCGCAUCUAAGGAGAACUCCAAGGGGCAGCUCGUAAAUGUUGGAGGUGCUAAGCAGGACUUGCCUGGAAAGGACAAGAAAGGAGGGGAAGAUGGCGGAAAUGGCGACGAAUUAAGCAAAAAUGGUCUAUCCAUCACUACCGCAGUGUUGGCUGUAGGAGGAGCAAAGGACGCGAACGAGGAGGAAGAGGAAGAAGAAGAUGAUGACAAGAUGGACACCGUGAACAAUUUCAGCUUAACAUCUGGAACCAAAUACGAACAGGUCAAAGCAGAAGAGUGCGAACAAAUAAUGCUGUACGCCGUAUUGUGGGGAUUGUGUGGUUUGCUGGAACACAGAGACAGACUAAAGGUGCACAACUUUUUAGUAAAAAACGUGCCAUUUGUUAAAGUUCUUUUAAAGGAAGGAGAUAAUUCGAACCAUGGAAGGAAAAACGUGGAUUCCAAAAUGGGAGGUGGCGAAAAAGUCCCUCCAGGAAACGACAAGAAUGAUGCAGAGGACGAAUUCGAAAAAGAAACAUGCCUUAUUUAUGACUACUACUUUGACAUGAAGCUAAGGAAGUUGACCAAGUGGAAUGUAGCCCCUUUUAAAAUGCCAAAGAAUAUGAACUCCAUUUCAUCAAUAUUGAUACCAACCAUAGAAACGAGCAAAGUAGAACAUAUAAUAAAAUUAAUUUCUAAUAUACCUAUUAAGUGCCACAAUUUCCAUACGUACAAAAGCACACUGCUGUUGGGCUCUACCGGUUCUGCAAAGACAUCCAUAGCAUUGUUGUAUACAUCUAAGCAGGACAAGAACACCAAGAGGUUCAAUUUUUCAAGUGUGACGACUCCGGAGAAAUUUCAACUCUUUAUCGAAUCAGAACUGGAAAGGAAAAGUGGAAAGACGUAUGGGCCAAUCGGAAAUACAAAAUCUAUUAUCUUCAUAGACGAUAUGUCUAUGCCUAAGAUUAAUGAAUGGGGAGAUCAAAGCACCUUGGAGCUGUUGAGACAGCUAAUCGAAUUUCAGGGAUUUUACUUUUUAGAUAAAGAUAAAAGGGGAAACUUUAAAAAAAUAAUUGACUUAGAGUACAUAGGGUGCAUUAACCACCCAGGGUGUGGAAACAACGACAUUCCAAAAAGGCUAAAGUCGAAAUGGUUCAACGUAAAUAUACCUCCUUACAAUUUGAAUUCGAUAAACACAAUUUAUGGCACUGUGUUGAGAACCAAAUUUAAUAAGAAGAAGAGCUUCUCCGACGACAUUGUAGAUAAUAUAGACAAAAUAAUUUUGUGCACCAUUAACUUGUUUAGCAGAUUGAAAAAGCAUCUUUUGCCAGUUCCUUCUCGUUUUCAUUAUUUAUAUACAACGAGAGAUUUGGCCAAAAUAUUUUACUCCAUGUUACUAUGCCCUUUUGAAACUAUAGAUAACAACUUGCACAAUUUCUUAUGCUUGUGGAAGCACGAGUGUGAGAGGGUCCUAAUUGAUAAGCUUUCUCGAAUGGAAGAUAAAAACUUCUCUCUAGAUCAACUGAAGCAAGUGUUUAAGAUGUACUACCCAUCUCACAAGGAAGUAGCGGAGAAGAGCAUAUACUUUAGCUAUUUCUACGUGUCAGAAAAGGAGCAGACUGAGUACAUGAUCGAAAAUGACCUUAUUGAAACUGUGGACCAGACGAAAAAGGUCAAAGGAGACAGUCCGAUUGGAGGUGCAAAUGGCUCGAAUGGUAGCGCCACAGGGGUUGCUUCAAAAGGGAGAGUAAGCAACAGCCCAUCUAGGUUCUUAAAUAAGGAAAAUAUAAACGAUGGACAGAGUAACAACUUAAACAUGAUUGACACGAAUAGGAUACAAAGGGGAAGUCCCUCCGCAUCUGCCAGGAAUAAUCCUAAUGUAGAAAUGGUAAAAGCGGAAAACGACGCAGAAGAAAAUCUCAACAACUUUUCCUUCUCUUGGAUGAAAAAAGACUACAAAAUUGUUGCAGACUUUGAAAGGCUAAGAUAUAUUGCAUACGAAUAUAUGAAGGAGUACAAUAUGAACAAUGUGAAAAAGCUAGAUUUAGUAUUCUUUGAUGACUCGCUAAAACAUUUGCUUAUCAUUAACCGAGUUAUGGAAACACCCAUGGGGUCUAGCAUGCUGGUAGGUGUCGGUGGGUCUGGCAAAAGGUCACUAACCAAACUUAGCGUUUUUAUCAGCGAACAAGUGCUUUUUCAGUUAAAUAUAACCAAGACGUAUACGAAAAAUUUAUUUUUUGAGGACCUAAAAAGUUUGUAUAUAUCUGCGGGACAAAUGAACAAGAAGACAACGUUUCUGUUAAGCGAUAGCGAUAUAGAGAAGAACGACUUCAUACUGGAGCAUGUGAAUUCGAUUCUGUCCACUGGGCUGGUAUAUGGACUGUUUAUUAAGGAUGAGAAGGAGGCCAUAUGCGCUGAAAUGAAGGAGUCUUAUUUGAAAGAAAUGAACAAACUGAACCAGUGGUCCAAAAUGAGAGGUGCGGGAGGAAAGACAAAAAAUAAAAAGAAUGACUACAAUAUGGAUGACAUGGAUAUGGAAGAGGACUCCAAAGAUUCACAGUUUAGAAGUGACACAUCCUCGAGGAGCAGUGACGACAACGACAGCGAUUAUAUGAGCAAUGAGAAAGACACUAGGAAGAAAAAAGACGAAAAAGUAAUAAACGAUUUUAACGUAUCGUCAAAUGUCAUUUUUGAUUAUUUGUUAGACAAUUUUAGAAACAAUCUUCAUAUCUUUUUGUGCUUCUCUCCUAUCCACAAAGAGUUUGCUUUACGGUACCAACAAUUUCCAUGCAUAUACAAUUGUGUCACCAUAAACUGGUUUUUAAAAUGGCCCCUAGAAGCCCUUGUAAAUGUGUCAACAGCAUACCUUAACAAUUUCAACAUCGACAUUGAGGAGAAACUCAGAGAUGACUUUUUCAACCUAUUUGCUAUUGUCCAUAAGAAAGUAUCAGAUACGUGUGAAACAUACAAAGAGAGAAUGAGGAGAAAUACAUACGUGACGCCCAAAUCCUAUUUAUCCUUCAUAGAUUUGUAUAAACAAAUGUACGUAAAAAAGUAUGAAGAAAUUCAAAUUUUGAAAGAAAGUGUAGAUAUAGGGUUAAAAAAACUGAACGAGGCAGCCAUGGAUGUUCAGAAAAUGAGAGAAAGUCUGACAAAUGAGGAAGAAAAAUUAAAAGAGUCAGAUGAGCAAACCAAUGUGCUUUUAGAAAAGGUAAAGAAGGAAUCUCUGAAGGCAGAAAAACAAAGCAUCGAAGUGUCCAAAUUUAGAGAUAAGUGCAUAAAGGAAAAGGACAUUAUUUUGAAGGAACAAGAGGAGGCAGAUAAGGAUCUAAAAGCAGCAUUGCCAUAUUUGCAUGAAGCGGAGGAAGCCAUCAAAAGUAUCACUGCCAAGGAUAUAACCGAAUUGAAGAGUAUGAAAACGCCAUCGGAUAUCAUUCGCAUCGUUUUUGAUGGGGUGUUGAUAUUACUGCAGGGGAAGUUAAAGGAACCCAAAAUUAGUGUAAAGUAUGUAAAUAAACAACAUGUAGAGUUUAUCCAAGAUUCUUUUGACGAAUAUGCCAAGCCUUUAAUGGCUGACAUUCGUUUCUUAAAUCUUUUGUUUGAUUUUUCUAAAAAUGAAAAGGAUAAUAUUAAUGAAGAAACUAUUGAGUUGUUAAAACCGUACAUUGAGUCUUCUUUUUUCAAGACACAAAUUGCAAAGAAGGCUUCCGUGGCUGCAGAGGGACUGUGCAAAUGGGUUGGAGCCAUGGCUAUGUAUAACCAAGCAUCCAAAAUUGUAAAACCGAAGAUGAGUUACUUGAAGAUACAAACAGGGAGACUGGAAGAUGCUCUGAAACAGCUAGCAGCAGCGGAAGACUCGCUGCUAAAAGCGCAACUAUUUGUUGACAAUCUGAAAUUAGAUAUUGAAAAUAUGUUUAAGAAAAAAAAAACUCUAGAAGAAACAGCUUUGAAAACGAAACAAAGAAUUGAACAAGCCAACAAAUUAAUUAACGGCUUGGGUAGCGAAAAGGCAAGAUGGACAGAAGAUUCUAACAACUUUUCCAACAUCAAAAAGAAAAUCGUUGGAGAUGUAUUUAUCUGCGCUUCCUUCAUUUCGUACUGCGGUAUGUUCAACACAGAGUUCAGAAAUUAUUUGAUGAAUGAAGUUUUCUAUCACUACACGAAAAAUAUAAAAAACAUCCCCGUGUCGGACAACAUCGAUGUGAUAAAAUAUGUGCUGUCCUCAGAUGACACCAAAAUUUGCGACUGGAGUGUUCAGAAAUUACCUAAUGAUAGACUUAGCAUUGAGAAUGCGCUGAUUAGCGAAAACAGCAACAAGUACGUCCUUCUAAUCGAUCCUCAGUGCCAAGCCAGCAACUGGAUAAAGAAUAAGGAAUUUCAAAACGAUUUAUCCAAUCAUAGAUGUAUUACUACAUUUAACAGUAGCAAGUUUAAGGACAAUUUGGAAUUCUGUCUUAGUGAGGGAAAAACAUUACUUAUAGAAAAUGUUGAAGAGUAUAUCGAUCCUAUAUUGGACUCUGUCCUGGAGAAGCAAAUCAUUAAAAAGGGAAAAAAAAAUUACAUACUAAUAGAAAACAACUUAAUAAAUUUUGACGAGAACUUUAACCUAUUCAUGACUACCAAUUUGCCCAACCCUAAUUAUAGCCCAGAAAUUUAUGCCAAAUGUUGUGUUAUUGAUUUUACCGUUACGGUUAAGGGGUUGGAAGAUCAGUUGUUGGGUAGGGUUUUAACUGAAGAACAAAAACAUUUGGAAGUGUCGUUAAAAAAUAUUAUGAUAGAACUUAAGGAUAACACGAAAUCGUUGCAGGACCUUGAUAAGCAGCUGUUGUACAAGCUGAACACAAGUAGCUCCAAUCUGAUAGAAGACGAGGAAUUAAUAGAAGUUUUGAACAACACCAAGUUGCUAUCCAAAGAGCUAGAAACGAAAUUAAAGGAUAGUAAUGAGAAGAAGAAAGAAAUUAAUGAGAAGAGAGAGCAAUAUAGGAGUGUGGCAUUGAGGGGAAGUAUCCUAUACUUCUGCAUCGUCGACAUUACCAAUGUGAAUUAUAUAUAUAACACAUCAUUGCAUCAAUUUCUGGAGCAGUUUGACUUAUCUAUAAAGAGAGCGGAGAAGGGACAGCACAUUAAGAAAAGAGUUGAAUCCAUCCUGUCUACUCUAACCAAUCUGAUAAUUUGUUACAUGGAAAGGUGUCUAUUUGAUCAGCAUAAAAUUAUCUUUAAAUUGUUAAUAUCUUUGAAGAUUCUCCUUUACGAUAAUGUCAUUAGUAAUAAGGACAUUAGCUUUUUCCUAAAUCCCCUUUCGCAUUACAGUCCUUCGAAUGAUAUUAGUAGCGAACUUCUAAGUAAUAAUUUGCUGGGAGAAAAUGCGGAUGCGGCGAAGGGGAAAAAGAAGGAGAACGCCGCCAGUGGUGUCAUGGACGGAACCUCGGAUGUUUAUCUGAGCUCAAGCGAUAAGGGAAGAGGAAUCGAUAAUGAUAAAAGUGACAAAAGCGCAAGUGGAAACAGUGGUGCGGUAAAUGGUACUACUGCAGGGGAUUGUAACAUUGGUAGUGGAAACAGCGCAGGUAUUCCUAGCACAGACAAGUGCGCGAAUAAGAACAAAAUGGAGGCUUCAAGAAAGGGGGGAAAGAACAAAAUAAGUUCCACCAAGUGGUUAUUAAAGAAUGAAAAAUUAUAUAAAAAUAUUAUUUCUCUAUCGAACCACUCCUUUGGUAAUGACAAAAACAAUCGCUUCUUUUAUGAUAUCGUGAAUGUAGUGCAGCUGAACGAAAACAUAUGGAAGAAUUAUUAUGAUGUGCUAGAUAUAGAAAAUAAAAAUAUUCCAUACUAUAACGAAAGGUUAGAUGUGAAUAGCAAAAUAAGCUCAUUUAUUAAGCUCUGCCUUAUUCGUUGCCUGAGGGAAGACAGGACCAUUCUGUGUGCAAAUAAAUUUGUGGACGAAGUGCUAAACAGAAAUAGUGACACCAUAAAACAUGAGACUCUAGAAAAUAUAUUUGCUGAAUCCAGUAAUAGGAAGCCCUUUUUAUUUUUGUUAUCCUUGGCUAGCGAUCCCACGAACAUGAUAGACGAUUUCGCAAAGAAGUUUAAGAAAUAUCCUACGGACAAAAUUUCCAUGGGAGAAGGACAAGAAAUAAUUGCAAAGGAAAAGUUAAAAAAUGCACUCAUCAGUGGAAACUGGCUAAUUUUACAAAACUGCCAUUUAAAUAAAAAUUUCAUCAUCGAAGUUUAUAAUAUGCUAAAAAAGUUGAACGAUAUUGAGGAAGACUUCCGAUUAUUUCUAACAUCCGAGCCAGAUGAUGAAUUUCCUAUUUGCAUCCUGCACGGAAGUAUUAAAAUAUCUACAUCGCUGAGUAGUGGUAUAAAAAAUAACAUGAGGAAAAUAUAUAAGGAUAUUGUAAAGGAAGAUAUAUUGGAAAAAAUAGACGAUGAAAAGUAUAGGAAAAUUAUAUAUUCCUUAUCGUACCUUCACUGCGUUUUAUGCGAAAGAAAGAAGUUUGGGCCAAUGGGAUGGUGUGUCCCGUACGAAUUUAGCAUCACAGAUUUGUUUGCUUCUUUUCUGUUUAUUGAAAAGCAUCUCUAUUCUACUCUGCUAGUGAACCGACCCAUAGACUGGGAAUCUAUUCAUUACAUGUUGGCAGAAGUGCAAUACGGAGGGAAGGUAACAGAUGACUUGGACAGGGAAUUACUCCUAACCUACGUGCAACAUUAUUUUAAUGAAGACUUGUUCAAAAUGAAAAAUGAAACAGGUCUGGAAAAUUUUUACAAUAUGCCCAAAUUUUACGAAAUUACAAACUUCCAGCAUUUUAUCGAGAAACUGCCGAAUAUUGAUACCCCCUCUGUUCUAGACCUUCACAACAACGCAGAAAUAACGUACCGUGUGAAUGAGUCAAGGCAGGUUUUAAAUUCCAUUUUGGAAAUUCAGCCGAGGGAUGUGGAUCAAGGGGAGGAGAAGAGCAUGGAAACGGUGGUGAAGGAAAUCGCCGAGGGUAUCUUGCUAAUCUUACCAGCGGAAAUAAACUUGGAAGAAAUAAAAAAAAUUAUUUACAGAAAGAACAAAAAUCAGCAGUUAACCAUUCAGACAAACCAACCGAUAAAUGCAACAACCAAUUUGAAUGCAACUACUAAAAAUUUUUCAAAUUUGGAGAGCAGCUUUUAUAAAGGGAAAAACAAGGAAAAUUCAGAUAUGAACGAAAAUAUGCUACAAAGAAGUGCAAUAGGAAACAACCCUCUGAGUCAUACAGCUAAUGCUACUAAAUAUGCAGCUUCAGCGUCUGACAAUACAAACAAGAAUGCCCUUUGGAUAUCGAAAGAGAAUGAUGUGUACGAUAGUGUGGGAGUGUCCUACUGGGAAAGUAACAAUGAAGGGGAAAAAAAUGUGCAAUAUAAUUUUUCGCCAUUACAAGUUUUCUUCUUACAAGAAAUUGAAAGAAUUAAAAAAGUCAUCGAUUUGGUUAAAACAAAUUUAAACGACAUUAUCAGUGCAAUCGAUGGCUCCAAAAUAAUGACAGCUGAUUUACAAAAUGAUACGAAAUAUAUUUACUCCCAGUCGGUACCAAAGAAGUGGAUCUAUGAUGCUAGUGAAACAGAAAUUUCAUGGGUAUGUCACAACCUAAAUCAGUGGUUAAAUAUUCUGAAUUUAAGAUAUGAGCAAAUUAUGAAUUAUAUUCAUAAUGGGAAGCUGAAGUCUUAUUGGCUACCUGGGUUUUUUAACCCUCAAGGGUUCCUAACCAGUAUGAAACAAGAGAUUACUCGUUUAAAUAAGAAGGACCAAAUUUCUCUGGACGAAGUGGUGCUAUAUGCUGAUAUUAAAAAUCACGAUAUUGAGAAGAUUAAGGAAGUCCCUGAGCACGGAUUUCACAUUCAUGGUUUAUUCAUUGAAGGGUCCAAGUGGAACUGGCAAGAGGGAAAACUGGAGGAGAGUUCCCCUAAGGUGCUAUGCGAGAACAUGCCCGUUAUUCAUAUCACCGUCGUGUCCAACAAGGACAAGAAGGUGAAGUUUAUCGAAAACAACAAACAUAUGUUUUAUAACUGCCCCGUGUACAAGUACAAUGUGCGCACGGACAAGUACUUUAUUUUCCGAAUCCACUUGAAGACGGACGUGGACCCAUCUAUAUGGAAGUUGCGCGGUACGUCUCUGGUCUGUUCGAAGGAUUAG